AUGCCUUAUUUACAACCUACCUCUCUUCGUCAGAAAAAUCAAAGAUGGAUUCACAGCCAACAUUUUGUGUAUCAAUUAUGUCGUUCAUUAUUAACAGUUAAUGAAAUUGGUUUUUUUCUUGUGGCAAUUUUUAUGUUUUUGGUUGAAUUAAUAAUGCUUUAUCAAAUUAUACAGAGAGUUCCUUAUACAGAAAUUGAUUGGAAGACAUAUAUGCAACAAGUUGGAUGUUAUUUAAAAGGAGAACGGAAUUAUUCUAAAAUUGUUGGUGAUACAGGGCCGAUUGUUUAUCCAGCUUUUCAUCUUUAUAUUUACCGUUUAUUUUAUUCAUUAACUGAUGAAGGAAAGAAUAUUAGAAGAGCUCAAUAUAUUUUUGCUUUUUUAUAUCUUCUUAAUCUUUUACUUGUUUUUCGAAUUUAUUUUAAAAGUAAAAGGAUCCCUCCUUUUGUGCUUUGUUUAAUUUGCCUUAGUUCUUAUAGAAUACACUCAAUUUUUGUUCUUCGACUUUUUAAUGAUCCUAUAGCCAUGUGUUUAUUUUAUUUGGCUGUAAAUUUUUUCAUAUCAAGGCAAUGGAUUUUUGGCUGUAUUUUUUAUAGUGCAGCAAUUGGGGUAAAAAUGAAUAUACUUUUAUUUGCUCCGGCUCUUUUCUUUAUUUUACUUCUUAGUAAUGGUGUUUCAGAUACUUUUUGUCUUUUAUUUGUCUGUGGAUUUUUUUUUAUUUCUUUUGAAUUUCUUUUUAACAAUCCUUUUGCUUAUUUGAGUCGUGCUUUCGAGUUAAAUAGAGUUUUUCUUUAUACAUGGACGGUUAACUGGAGAAUUUUACCAAAAGAAGUAUUUUUAGACAGACGAUUUCAUCUUUUACUUUUAUUAUUUCAUUUGGCAUUUUUGAGUUUAUUUGCUCUUAAAGUUUGGUUUAGUGAACAAGGGGGGCUAAAAAAUCUUUUAAAAAGGCUUUGGUUUGGAAUUCGAACUAGACUUGAUACACAUGAUGUUCUUUUUUCACUUUUUACUGCCAAUUUAAUUGGAAUGACCUUUGCUCGGUCAUUACACUAUCAAUUUUACUGUUGGUACUAUCAUUCAAUUCCAUAUUUAAUAUUCUCGCCAAUUUACCGAUUUGAUCAUAUUUUGUAUAAUGGAGAUAAUAAUUCUUACACUAAUAAUAAUUAUAUUCCGUUUAAACAAAUUUUGUUUAGAUUAGCAAUUUUGUUUUUGAUUGAAAUUUGUUGGAAUAUUUAUCCUUCAACAUUUUCAAGUUCUUUUUUGCUACAUUGUCUUCAUGCAAUUAUUUUAUUUUUGGCAUUCAAAUGUAGAGUAAAUCGAAUUAAAAAUAUUAAUUAA